UCAAACAUCAAAGUAAGGAGGAAACUGAAGAGAGCAGGCAGCAAAGUUACAAGAGGGGGUCGAGGUCGUCUCUAUCGGGUCAGCUAGCCCUUCUAUCAUCGGCCGGCCGGCUGCUAAGCAAACUCAGCUCCGGAACACAAAAGGAGCUGAGCAAGAAACAAGAAAAGGGUCAAAGGCACACACAGAUCUAAGUAUAGAGUUUUAGCAGCUGUGUCUUUCCCAAGCUACAGCAAUUGCUGAGGAAGAAUUUAGUGGCCAGCAGUAGCAACUGUGGCAAGAAACCCUAGAAGGAGAAGCUGGCGAACAGGUGGUGGGACGAGGGCCGGCUCGGCCUGCCGGUGACCGCCGAGCCCUCCCUCGGCUCGCCGGCCGGCCUGAGCAAUCACCUGGGCGGCCAGGAGAUGGCGGCGCCGUCCAAAAUCGAAGGCACCGAGCUGAGCGGCGGAAGCGGCGGGCCCGACGACGACCGCGGCGAGAACGGCACCGGGGAGCCCACGGGCGGCGCUGUGGUGACCGGCAACCGUCGCCCCCGCGGCCGGCCGGCUGGGUCCAAGAACAAACCGAAGCCCCCCAUCUUCAUCACGCGGGACAGCCCGAACGCGCUGCGCAGCCACGUGAUGGAGGUUGCCGGCGGGGCCGACGUGGCUGAGUCCAUCGCCCACUUCGCACGCCGCAGGCAGCGCGGCGUGUGCGUGCUCAGCGGGGCCGGCACAGUCACAGACGUCGCCCUGCGCCAGCCGGCGGCGCCCGGCGCCGUGGUAGCCCUCCGCGGCCGCUUCGAGAUACUCUCCCUCACCGGCACCUUCCUGCCGGGCCCCGCGCCGCCGGGAUCGACGGGGCUGACUGUGUACCUGGCGGGUGGGCAAGGACAGGUAGUAGGCGGCAGCGUCGUCGGGACGCUCACCGCGGCCGGGCCGGUCAUGGUGAUCGCGUCGACGUUCGCGAACGCCACCUACGAGAGGCUGCCUCUGGACGAGGAGGCCGAGGAGGAGGAAGCUCGAGGUGGAGGUCCUGGAGGGCCGAUGCCUCCACUGAUGGGGGGAAUGCCGGUGGAUCCGUCGGCGAUGCCGAUGUUCGGUGGCAGCUUGCCCCCAAACAUGAUGCCAGGGGGCGCCGGCGCCGGGCUGCAGCUCGGACACGAGGCGCUUGCAUGGGCUCAAGCUCAGCAUGCACGGCCGCCGUACUAACAAUUCCGAUGAUCAAGCCGUUGGCUUAAUUAUGUAGAAUGGAUUGGUCGAACUGAUCGAUGGGUACAAAUUAAGAUUGUGCUAUGUAGCUUGAUUCAUAUGGUUCACACUGAAGAAUUAAGCAAAUAUCUCUCUGACCAGGAGCUAAUAAAUGGCAGGUUUGUAUCAGUGUUACACUUGUCUAGGGUAAGUGUUUAGAUAUUUGUCUAGCAUAUGAUGUGAAAUCUGUUUGCCUCGACUACAUAUAUAAGAACUUCAUCCCGUAGAUUUCAUCUA